UCAGUUAGCAAUUAUUAUAUAAAACUUUAUGGCGUGUUGAACUUCUUCCUUCGAAUACACACAUCUAAAUUGGUCGUCCAGGUCAAAAUGAUUUCUUCAGGAUAUGUCAUUCUAGCUAUUUGCAUUUUUGGAGUGCAUUCCGCAAAAAUUGGGAAAUUUGAAAAUGCGAUUAAGGAGGAGGACAAUUCUGGACAAUGUCCUGAUGGAUUCACAGGAUUGGUUCCACACGCUGUGUUUUGUCAGUUUUAUUACUUGUGUGAUAACGGUACCCCUAAUUUGAGAGAAUGUCCUUCUGGCCUCUAUUUCAAUGUUAGAGAAAGUGCUUGCGAUUAUCCUGCCAAUGUUCCUGAAUGUGUUGACGGUACUAGGCCACCUACCUCCACAACUGUAGGACCAACGACAACUUCAACAACUACGACUUCAACCACUACAACUCCACCGACGACCACGCCAGAAAGUCCAGAAUCAGAAGGGACCGUGGUGACAGGAAUAACAACGCCUCCUACAACAACCCUUGCUACGACUACUACAGUGCUCACGACGACACGACCCACGACCACAACCCCAUCCGGAGGUCUCACUUGUCCCGAAAAUCCUUCCAUUUUUAUGCCAUAUCCUGGAGAUUGUUACAAAUACUACUUGUGUGAGAACGGGAAUGUCAUCAGCGUUCACAAUUGCCAGUCACAACUAUGGUUCAGAUUUUCUAUCCAAUCUUGCAUGACUCCAUGGGGUGGAGACUGUAGUCAGUAAAUUGCGUACAUCAUAUUGUUUUAAGGUUUCCAAUAAUAAUAAAAUAUUUGCAUUCAGA